AGGUUCCUGUGCUGCUGACCUGGUACUCCAUACAUCACCUAACUGCCACUUGCUCAUCUUGUCUGUGCAUUAGGGGGCUUUGUUUCUUUCUCCAGCCUGAGUCCAAAGAUGCCUCAAUUAUUGCGAAACAUUAAUGAGAUCAUCGAAGCCUUUGGGCGCUACGCCAGGACUGAGGGCAGCUGCCCAGUGCUUACCCGCGGGGAGCUGAAAAGGCUCCUGGAACAUGAGUUUGCUGAUGUCAUUGUGAAACCCCAUGAUCCUGCCACUGUGGAUGAAGUCCUGCACCUGCUGGAUGAAGAUGAUACAGGGACUGUGGAGUUCAACGAAUUCCUGGUCCUGGUGUUUAAAAUCACCCAAGCCUGUUUCAAGACAAUGAGUAAGAGUCCUGAGGAGACUUGUGGAUCUCAAGAGUCUGGAAGCCUCCCCACUGGGGCCUCACAAGAGCUGAGGAAAGAACAGAGCAAGAGAGCUGAGGUGCGGCAGAUUGGGGAAGGACAGAUUUGCGAGAGGAGCCAAUGUGUACAGUGCACUCUGGCCUCCAGGGGACAGGCAGGUGUUGGGGCUCAGAACCAUGCUCAGGAUCUUGGCCAGGAUAGGCAGUCUGAAUCUCAGAGACAAGAGAAAGAAAGUCAGCAGACACAAGCUCAGAGACAUGUGCAGCAGACCCAGAGAGUGGGAGGAGACAAGAGUCACCAGAUCAGACAGAGGGAGUCAGAGAGACAGUCACAGACCAGGGAACAAGACAGAGCACAGAAGACAAGUGAAUUAGUGACUAGAACUGGAACUCAGACCCAGACAGAUGAAAACCAAACUGUGGAGCAGGAUAGGAGCCAUCAUAUAGAAAGUCCUGACACACGGUCACAGGAGUCCACCCAUGGCCAGACCAGAGGGACUGAGGUCCAGGGUCAAGAUAGGAGCCAGACAAGCCAGAUACUAACAGAACAUGUUCAGACACCAGGAGGUACCACCCAGGCCAUGGAGCCAGACAGGAGCCAUCAGAUAGGAAGCCCUGACACACAGCUACAGGAGUCCUCCCACGACCAGAGCAGAGGGUCUGAGGUCCAGGGUCAAAACAGGUGCCAAACAAGUGAAGUGGUGACAGGAGAACAGAUUCAGACACAGGCAGCAUCAGAAACCCAGACACACACUCAGGCCAUGGAGCAGUACAGGAGCCACAAUGCAAGUGACAUAGGAGAUAGAAAUGAGGGACAGACCCAGAGGCAGUCAGGCCGUGGUCACAGAUGGACACAAGUGAGCCACUAUGAGGCAGGAGAGAAAAAGCUGGGAGGACAGGCCCAGGCUGGGACAAACACUCUGACAGGCAGACAGGACUGGAGGAGCACUCACCCAAGAUGCAGUGUGACAGGUGGGCAGAGAGAGAGAGAACCCACAGUGGUUACCCAGGAGUGGGUGGAUGACCACACAAGGGAGAUGGAGAUCCCAAGGCAGGGGCAGGGUAGCCUGCACACUGGCAUGCCUUCAGCCCAGGGCCAGGAAGCAGCCCAGCCAGAAGGGAAGCGAGGCCUCACAGCCAGGGGGCUAUAUUCCUACUUCAAGAGCAAUAAGCCAUGAAUAUCCCAGCCCUGGACUCCAGUGUUCAGUACUGGAAGAAGACAACUGCAGAGGGGUUGGUUUGUCCUGCCCUGACCAGUCCAAUUGGCAUGUCUCUGGACAUUAGUUCUUAAUCAUGGUGUUUAUCUCUUAGAUCUUUCUCAAUGAAAACUUUCCUGCAAGGUAUUUUCUAUCCUAAACUCCUCUCUGAGCUGCUCUGCUGUGCAGACGCCCUCAGGAACAGGAAGAUACAGAACCAGUCACCCAUUUAUGCCAAACUCUCCUCAGUUUGUGGGGGUUUCAGAGCUACUUUUAUCUCUUCCUUCUGUCUAUUAUCCCAUCUAUCCUAAUGCACCAAUAAAACCUU